AUACUCUUCUUCUUCUCCGCUUCUCUCUGUCUCUCACUUCCACUGUUCCACAACUUUCCCCUUCCCCAAGUUUCCACCAUUAUACUUUUCCCCCUUCACUUUCCCCAAGUUUCUGUAAAUUCCCCACCUUUCCUCCCUUUCCCAAAUCCCACGGCCUCCCGAAUCCGAAUCCGAUUCCAAUUCUAAUCCCCACCCCCCCGCCACCGCCUCCUCCACCCCUACAAAAAAAACCCCAUAACCCCACCACCCAUCUACAGCCGAAUGGCAAAGAUGAUGCUCCGAGUUCGCAGCAGAGACGGCCUCGAACGAGUGACUGUGGAGAACCCACAGGGCACCACCGUCUCCGAACUCAAAUCCCUGAUUCAAACCCAGCUCCGAAUCCCUUUCCAGAACCAGACCAUCUCCACCAACCAGAACCUCCUCUUGGCGAAAACCCAGGAAGAAAUCGCCCGAUUCACCGACAUGGCCAAUCCCAAUACGCCUCUGACGGCGCUGAAUCUCGCACAUGGGUCGAUUUUGUACUUGGCUUACGACGGCGAGCGCACCGUCGCCGGGCCGGCUUUUCACCCCGCGGGCUCUUUCGGGAGGAAGAUGACCAUGGAUGAUUUGAUCGCCAAGCAGAUGAAGGUCACGCGCCAGGAGAACCCUCACUGUGAACUGGUGUCGUUCGAUCGGGAUUGCGCUAAUGCAUUCCAGCAUUAUGUGAGUGAGACGCUGGCUUUUGCGGCGAAGCGGGGAGGGUUUAUGUACGGUACGGUGUCGGAGGAGGGGAAGGUGGAGGUGGAUUUCAUCUACGAGCCUCCGCAGCAGGGGACGGAGGAGAAUUUGGUGUUUUACAGAGACCCGGAGGAGGAGAAGGCGGUGGAGGCUAUUGCUAUGGGGUUGGGGAUGAGGCGGGUCGGGUUUAUAUUCACCCAGUCAGUGAGCCAGGACACAAAGGACUAUACUUUGUCGAAUAGGGAGGUGCUUCAGGCGGCCGAGUUCCACUCCGAGGGCGGCUUGAAGGAGUGGGUGACCGCCAUGGUUAAGUUGGAGGUGAAUGAGGAUGGUGGUGCUGAUGUGCAUUUUGAAGCUUUUCAGAUGAGUGAUGUGUGUAUUAAAUUGUUUAAGGAAGGGUGGUUUGAGACUGAGAUUGGAGAGGGUGAUGAUCCCAAGUUGUCCAAGAUGAAGAAGGAUGUUGUCCUUGGAGUGAAGGAUACUAAGGAGGUGGACAAUGAUUUUUUCUUGGUGGUAGUAAAGAUCUUCGAUCACCAGGGGCCACUUUCAUCAUCCUUUCCUAUUGAGAAUCGUAACACCCCAGUGACAUUGAAGGCUCUGAAAACUCAUCUGGAUCGUGCUAAGAAUCUUCCACUUGUGAAGCGAAUUUCGGAUUUCCAUUUGCUGCUCUUACUGGCCAGGUUUCUAGACGUUGCUAACGAUGUUCCUGCUUUGGCAGUGUGUGUCCAUACACAAUCACCCAUACCAGAAGGCUACCAGUUAUUGAUCGAGACUAUGGCCAAUACUUCUUAGUGCUGCCCUUUCGGAAACUGGUAGAUUCUAUACCAAUGAUCCUUGGUCGCGGUUAGCUCCUACGCAAUGCCAUGCACCACCCGAAAAGGUUGCUUUGCACCUGACUAGCUUACGUUUUAACGUGUCUUUUCUCGGGCAGUUUAAGUUAUGUAUUAAAAGUUUCUGGUCUGGAUGUUUAUGCUUGCCAGUACUAGGCUUGAGUCGUCGUCGUUGUCGUCGCCUGUAUUAUAAUUUUAUGAUUUAUAAAUUGAUCUUCUAAA